CUCCGUGACGUCGGGUGUGGCGUAAGCAGGGGCUUUUCAGCCGAGGAAAUCUAGACGCGAAUAUGGUUCCAUACCCUUGACUUAGAGACAGGGCGCCGAGAAGAGUGCGAACUUUAUGGCCUGCCUGAGAAAACUACCUAAAUAAAAAUUGUGCCCUUUACAAGACUGGCCUGUAUGGCGCCCUAGGCGGUUGCCUAGUUCGCCUAUGCCUAAGGCCGGCUGUGCUUAAAGAAUAUACAAAAGGGAGUUUGUAUUUAAGUUUUGCUUUUCUUCUGACAGUGCAAUGUCUCUGAUGCUGUUCUCGCGCGCCAACUCUACUGCUACUGGGAAGAAGGAAAAGAGACUAAUGGCAGAAGUCAACACAUCACCCCUUAAACACUUUGUGGCUGCCAAGAAGAAAAUUGGUGGCAUAUUUGAGCAGUUGGCAGCAUACAUCAAGGAGAGCUCCACGUUCCUAGAUGAAACAUACAAGAACGAAGAUCUGGACCCCAUUACAACAGAGGAACAGGUGUCUGAUGUUAAAGGUUACUUGGCCAAGGUUAUUGGCAUUAGUGAGGUGCUAGCUCGACGACACAUGAAAGUAGCAUUUUUUGGAAGGACGAGUAAUGGAAAGAGCAGUGUUAUUAAUGCCAUGCUGUGGGAUAAAGUGCUUCCAUCAGGGAUUGGACACACCACAAACUGCUUCUUACGGGUAGAGGGAACUGAUGGCAUUGAGGCGUACAUACUCACUGAGGGGUCUGAGGAGCGGAGGAGCAUUAAGACUGUGAACCAGUUGGCCCAUGCACUACAUCAGAAUGAAGAGCUGGAUGCUGGCAGCAUGGUGAGCGUCAUGUGGCCUAAUGCUAAGUGUCCCCUCCUAAAGGAUGAUUUGGUUCUGAUGGACAGUCCUGGUAUUGAUGUCACCACAGAGUUGGAUAGUUGGAUUGACAAAUUUUGUUUGGAUGCUGAUGUAUUUGUUUUAGUGGCGAAUGCAGAAUCCACACUUAUGCAGACUGAGAAGCAGUUCUUUCACAAAGUUAAUGAGAGACUGUCACGACCUAACAUAUUUAUUUUGAAUAAUCGCUGGGAUGCAUCAGCAUCCGAACCAGAGUACAUGGAUGAGGUUCGUAGGCAGCACAUGGGCCGCUGCAUCAGCUUCCUUGUGGAUGAGCUGGGUGUGGUAGAUCGAGCUCAAGCCAGCGAUAGAAUCUUUUUUGUAUCUGCCAAAGAAGUAUUGAAUGCACGAAUCCAGAAGGCACAGGGCAUGCCGGAAGCUGGUGAUGCACUUGCAGAAGGGUUCCAAGCAAGAAUGUUCGAGUUUCAGAAUUUUGAGAGACGAUUUGAGGAAUGCAUCUCCCAGUCAGCAGUGAAGACCAAGUUUGAACAGCACACGGUGAGAGCAAAACAAAUCACUGAGACCUUGCGCAUGAUCAUGGACUCUGUAUAUAUUGCUGCCCAACAAUUAAGGGUUCAUUGUUUGGAAACGAAGGAAGAACGUGAAGAUCGACUGGAGUUUAUUGACAAGCAGCUUGACCUGCUGGCACAAGAAUACAAAAGAAAAAUUAAACAGAUUACAGAGGAGGCAGAGAAGCAGGUGUCAAAUGCAAUGGCUGAGGAGAUAAGACGGCUUUCUGUUCUAGUGGAUGAAUUUCAGUUGGAUUUCCACCCAUCCUCUGUGGUUAUUAAAGUAUACAAAAAUGAACUUCACAAGCACAUUGAAGAAGGUUUGGGACGCAAUAUGUCUGAUCGUUGUUCAAGUGCCAUCACUACUGUGCUUCAGGCUACUCAGCAGGAAAUGAUAGAUAGCAUGAAACCAUUGCUUCCUCUUUCUGUGCGUGACCAAGUGGAUAUACUAAUUCCCCGUCAGUGCUUCGGACUUAAUUUCGACUUGAACUGUGAUAAAUUAUGUUCUGACUUUCAAGAGGAUAUUCAGUUUCAUUUCUCACUUGGCUGGACAAUGUUAGUUAAUAGGUUCCUGGGGCCAAAGUCCACCCGCAGAGCUCUUUUGGGAUAUAAUGACCAGGUUCCUCGCCCUCUGCCUAUAACUCCAGUAAACCCUAGUAUGCCUCCAAUGCCUCAGGGAUCAAUGACCCAGGAAGAGCUCAUGGUUUCCAUGGUAACAGGCCUUGCAUCCUUAACCUCUCGCACUUCAAUGGGAAUUAUUGUGGUAGGCGGAGUGGUCUGGAAGGCGGUCGGUUGGAGGCUGAUAGCUUUGUCCAUUGGGUUGUAUGGCCUUCUGUAUGUGUAUGAGCGUCUGACAUGGACUUCCAAAGCCAAAGAGAGAGCUUUCAAGCGCCAGUUUGUGGAUUAUGCUAGUGAGAAGCUACAGUUAAUUGUCAGCUACACAGGGUCAAACUGCAGUCAUCAAGUACAACAGGAAUUGUCUGGAACAUUUGCACAGCUGUGCCAGCAGGUGGAUGUAACACGGGAGUCAUUGGAGGAAGAAAUUAAAGAUAUGAACAAGAAGAUUGAGAUGCUAGAAUCCUUGCAAAGCAAAGCCAAGCUUCUCAGGAACAAAGCCGGUUGGCUGGACAGUGAACUCAACAUGUUUAUGAAUCAGUACCUGCAGCAGAGCUAAUGAUGCAAAACAGAAAGAUGAAGUACCUUUUGGUGGUAUCAUGGCACUAGAAAACGGGUUCAUGGAAAUGCAGUCAGCUGAAGAUUUAAAAACAGUGUAUCCUGUAAUUAAACUGCCCUUGUCUGCAUUAUUGAACAUCCGCAGUGUACAGCCUGCUUCAGUGUACUAUGUCAUUUGCUUAUAUUUGAAGGCAGUAUGGAUUGUUUGGAACAUUGCAUAACUGUCCAGGAUACAAGAUUUUCUUUAAGUUCUUUGUAAUCCCUGAAUAAUUAAAUGAACUUGUCAAGCUUCGGUCCAACCGCAACAAAUUGGAAAGCAGUAAAACCUAAUUUAUUAUGAUGCAUCAGAUUUGUGCUAUCUUGAAUGGUGGAAUCAAAUUUCAUGUAAAAAGGCUCAGUAGGCAGUAACUCUAAAGAAAUGCUAAAAUAAUCUAUAAAAUGAAGGAGCACUAAAAAUAUUACUCUCUUUAAUAAGCUGCAUUCCAGUGGGGAAGAAGUUUCUCUGGGAGUUUAUGCUGCUGCAGUUGUCACCUUUUUUCUGCUGUUCAGAAACGGCGUCAGUUAAGUUAAUAUUUUUUAAUGAAUGAUAAUGACUGCUAUUGUAGUAUAUAGUAUUUACUGUAAACUGAUUUAUAAACUUAUUAAAAUAGUUUCAUCAAUUUUCCUGCCAUAUAGAACAAUGUGUAUAAUCAGCAAGACUGAGAAUUUUAGGGAGAGGGGGCAGGAAUUAAUUAAUUUUGCAAAACAAGCUGAGUCCCUUCAGACUUUUUCUUCAUGGGGGUGAGGAUAGGCUUUUAAAGAAGACCACCAUGUUGAAAAGGAAAGGAGUACAAGGACAAAUUUUGUAACUGUGAGCUGAGUAUAAACCAAAGUGUCCUGCUUAUUCUAGAUUCAGUGUAUUACACAGCAACAUUAGAAAGUGCACUUUUUAAAUUAACUUGUUAAACAAUACUGGAGUUUACUGAAAAGGUGUACAGAGGGGUAGCUUCUUGUAUGUCUGAGUAAGUUGGGUUUCAUAGUAUCGUUCCAGUAAUCCAAUACCUUACUUUGAGUUAUGGUAUUAUAUAGCAUGCGGCUCUGAGGUAAAAAAUCUGAGGAAUGUCUAAAACACAUUUUCAGUAGCUAUUUUAUCUGGAACAAAGCUAUGUGAGGUUCUUUGUUCCACUGCACAUAUUUUUUUUUUCUUUUUACCUUCACCACAGAUCAUGUUUAAGGGUAAUUAGCCCUCAUCACACACGUUGUGUACCUUGGAGUUGUAUGAAUCUCAAUUCUCUGGCUUAACAAGUUGAUGGUUUGAGACUGCAGGUCUUCUGCACUGGGAUGCUGUUGGGUUUUCCUUUUCUGAUAGUUGAGAAGUUUCACUGAUGUGCCACAUUUAGUGACGUGUCUUUGACCAGUGCACAUAAUCGUGUCAUGCCCAACAUGACAUGGAGCACUUACAACCCCUGCAUUCACCAGUUUGACUUCCUUUUCCUUUCUGCAGUGCGCAUAGUUUUUGUUUUUUAAUCCUACCCUUUUAGGGAAUUCACACAUUCAGAGACUAAAACAUCAGUGAUUAUAUUGCCUUCAGAAGGUGCAUGAUUUGAAAUAUUGGCAGAAGUGUCAGAGCUUCAGACUAGCCACCUGCAGUGAAGCCUAAUCCCUAUGCCAUCUCUUUGAAGGUGACAUCUGUUAAGGAUGCGCAAAUGAGUCAUUCUUACAGUCCUGAGUCUGUGAUGAACAGCAAGAUCAUGUCAGGGAUUUGGAAGCCAGGAACUGCUCAAAACGUCCUCAUGCAAAGUCUUCUCACAAGGCCUGAGUUCUUCUUUGACUAGGGGGGGGGGGGGGCAGAUUCGCACUUGUUGACCCAGCAGUGUGAAGAACAUGAGAAGUGUAAACCAGCAACCACCUUGGGGGUGUCCAUUGUGACUGCUAUGUUUAAGAGUCUAGAACAUGACAGCAUUUCAAGUGGAGCUGUGUUUUGAUGUCCUUAGUAAAUGACUGGUGGUUGAACUCUGAAUUGGGGGAAGACCCUGUUUUUUUCUGUAUUCUCCUCUUACUCCAGCAACACUACCAGAUAAGGAAGUCUUAUGCCAGAUGAACCACUCGAUGGGGCCAAAUUUGGGAUUUAUGCACACCAUUCAGUGUCUGCCACAACUGACAGUAGUCUCAGGUUCAGUGACGGUCACUCAUAAUCUGAUUCUGUCUUCCUCUUGCCCAAGACCCAUUAAUUGGCUGUCUGACUUUCUUGUUAGUUUACUUAGUGCAUCGAAGGUCUUUUUCUGGUGCUAGUGAUGGGACAUUGUUUUCCUGUCCCUUAUCUUGAAAGAGGGCAUUAAUCCAGAUUUUGUCUGUAAGACAUAUAAAGAUAGAGAUCAGUUCAUCUGAUACUUGCCCUUAUGAGGAUCCCUUCUUUGGGGAGACUGUCAGGCUUACAAAGUUUGUCAUAGACUGGCCCAUCAGUUCUAUGACUUAUUCCAAAAGUCCUUUAAUAAGUGUAUGGGCAAGAAGGGUAAGGAUCUUGUGGGUCCUCCUAGACAGCCAUUGUGUGCAAAUUGGAGAAAUUUGUGCUUGUUUCAUUCUGCCUCCCAUAGAGAGGAUGGCAAAGUGAUUCAGUCUCAUUAAGAGGGUUUUCUCAUCUGCCAUCUUGGAACUCAGGUCUGUUAAUUAUCUGUGUGACCAGUCUAGAUUCCAGUCUUCCUUAGAGGUCUGUGCUCUGGAAAAGCUGGCAGACAUCCCUGAAUCUGGGAUAAAAAAGGCUGUAGAAAAGACCCUUUACAUGGAAUCUACAGUUUUUUUCGCAUAGGUUGCUGCAACUUUGAGUUGAUACUGUGGCUAGGGAGAUAGGUGUAGGAAAUGGUAUGGCUUAAACUCGUUCUAAGGAUGAGAUGAGGAGAUCAUUUUAGAUGCCAUCUUCUGGGAUGAGGUCCUUUAUGUACAAACCUUCAAGGACCUCCACAAGUGUAUGCAGCAUGUCUUUGAUGCCACUUGGUCUUCUCUUUUUCUAGACUAUCCCAGUUCUAAUAGAAAAAGGCUUACUGUUCAAUGAGGAGAACCCAGACAAUGGGGGGGGGGGGUUUACCUUCCCCAGCUCUGCAGUUGAGGAUAACACCCUGGACAUCAUGUGCUGUCCUAAUGACGGAGCAUGGCACCCCAGAAAAAGGCAUCCAAAAUUACCGGCCUUAUCUCUAUCUGACUUUACCCCAACUUGAAGAUCCUUGAGCACAGACUUAUGGGUUCUUCAAGUUGGUCACAAGAUGGGACAUAUUGGAUUCUGCCCCAGGAAGAAUUCUACUCGGUGCGACUACAUAGAACAUAUCAAAUAGGCUGUGACUCUACUCCUCAGAGAAGCCACAGAGCCUUUUCCUGCUUCAGAGACAUCUGGUUGUACUUAUGACGUUUUAUUGUUGCAGUUGUGACGAGAGACUUCUGUCCUAUCUUGGACCUUAAAAACUUCAUUGAGCACUUAGUGUUUAUGUUCUAGGUGGUACUGUCCAGGGCUCAUCAUGUGUUGCACCUAAAAGAUAUCAGUAGACAUGAUCAUUAUCUUUUUAUAUUUCAUUGUCUGGGAUCCAGAUAGGAAGUUCCCUUUAUUUGCUUCCAGUGGUUGUCACUUCCUCUAUUUAAAUGAUGGAUUCUUGGUUUUGUGAAUGAUAGAUUGCCCAGUAGCAUCCCUGGUUUGGGUAUUUCCAUGAUUGUAUGCCUUGGAAGUAGCCAUAAGCUGGGAGAAAUCCUGUUUCUCCAAAAGCACCAGUCAAGGAAUCAGCUGCAAUAAAAUCCAUUGUAAGACUUGUAACUUCCAACAAAAACAACAAACGGAAAACGCUCAGUUUAUUCACAGAGAUAAAGCUUUCAGGAAACACCCCUUCAUCAGUAUGUGAAAAUCAUUCAAAGAUACUCUUUUAUACUAGAAAUAUGACGCAACCAACCAAUAAAAUUCAGUAGUUAAUUAAAAUCAUAAUUUAGUUAAUUAAAAUUACAUUAAAAAAUAUAAAUUUACAGAAAAUACAUGUAAUAACUUGAAUACGAUAUAUUCAUUUAUAUUGUUUUUGCUUGGCUACUAAUAUAGGUUUUAUGGUUAAUAAAUUAAGUCCUGGAUGUUUAUUUGCUUCCAGGAUAGUAAUCAACCUAUUUUCAGCUAUAUCAAGCUUAUUAAUAUCCCCACCCCUCAAAUCCUUAAAUAAUAUCUGUAAUACUUUAAAUGUAAACUCAUGCAUAGAGCCCCUGUUUGUUACAUGCUUUGCCAAAGCAUUUGUUUUAGUAGCCCUUCUAAUUUCUGAUUUAUGCUCAAUAAUACGGUCCUUCAGACAUCUAUAACAUUUUCUUACAUAAAAAUUUUCACAUUGUACACAAGUGGUUAAGUAGAUAAUUAUGCUUGUGUUACAAGUUGCAUGACUAUCAAUUCUAUGAACUUAUUUAGUUACAGGGUGUUGGUAAUGUACUUCAUUACAUAUAUUCUUGCAACAACUACAGUUAUGACAUGGAAAUGUGCCACAUUUAUUUAUCGCUCUUCCAACUUUUUCUGUAUUUAUUUUAAAAUCCUUAUAAUCCAGUUCUCUCUGUACAAUUCCUAUAUGCAAAUUUUGGUUUAUUGCCUAGAAAUCAACUCUGGCAUAGAUGUUAAAUUCCGCCGUUUUUUUACUUACUAUUUGUUCCACCUGUCUUGUUAUAGUACUAAAUCCUGUUUCUCCCAGCUGAAAGGAUUUUCUUUGUUGGGACAGAUUUGCGCACUCUAUAAUUGUUGCUUGUUGCUCAAAGGGAUGCUUGCCAAGUCAUACGUUUGACAUCAUGAGCGAGAGUAUAGCAUGGGUUCAGCCUUCUUGUGCUUUUUAUAAAGGCUGUUUGCAUACCUGAAGAUGCAGGUGUUGGCAGUAAACUUUGAGUGCCACAGCUUACAAAGCUGUCAUUCCCUUACAAGUCAUGUUUUGUUGUCAUACCAUUGUCACUUGGGUUUUGGUAUAAAUAUUUUAUAAAUCUGUCUAGUUAAUUUAUUAUCACCAUAGUCCUUUCUGUUACCCCUAGUUCUUUAGAAACGUGCAUUAUAUAAACACAAACACCCCCCCAAUCUUCUGACAGAUGGAACCCGAGUAAGAAUGAAGGGGCUACCUUGCACACUAGUUUUUAAAGAUGGUACUAUGCCGGUAUUCUCUUUUCAUUCAGCUCAGUGCUCUUACUGGGUCAUGUGUGUGAGGCUCACGUCUUUGCAUACAUGCUCCCAAGAGUAAUGAAUGAGAAAAAUAAGGGAAGGGCAGUUUUCUUUUUUCUUUCCUCCUGAAAGACAAAAGAACCUAGUGCCCCAUAGAUGGCUUAAUUUUGAAGUAAAACCCAAUCUGCAAAAGCUAAGUAGCUAACAAGUACUGCAAAUAUGAUGAUGAUCUAGCAGUUGUUUGCAUUUUGGGAAAAAGUGAGUAUGUAAUUGGAGAGGUUUAGCACACUAAAUAAUUAGAAAUCACUUUUUUAACAGCAUAAUAUAUAUUUUUUUAGUUUGGGAGAAGCCAAGCAAAUUCAUCAUCAGUAAGUGUCUGUCAAAAAAUAAUUCAGUAAAGCCAAUUUAGUCUAGACUGAUUCACCGAAUGAUCAGCUUACUGAAGAGUUUACUUACCCUGAAGUUUGCACACAUUAUAGUUGCAUAGUAGAGGCAGGAGGGGCUUUGCAUCCUCUAAGGGGGAACUUUGGCAAAUUGUUCAGUUUCAGUCUUGUGGGAACGGGCUUGGCUGUAAUUGUUUUCACUGAAAUGAGCAAUACUCACAUUUGCUAUGUAAACUUCACGAACAGUCUCAAACUACAUAACUUGCCAGAAAGCACAGGCAGUGCUGCAGAAAAUGAAGUUAUUUCAAAGGCUUCUAAAAGGCAGGCUUACUAAGGGAUAUCAGUUUAUGUUCAGUACUGAAAGCUGUCUGGAGAAGGGGCAUGUGAGAGUUUGCCAUACCAAGGACGGAUAGCUAUAUGCCUCUCUGGCCUGAAAUGGAAAAUCAGUUUUGACCGUCAUAUAAUCAUUUGCCAGAACAAUCUCAGAAAAAGAUUUAAAUACAUAUUUUUGCCUUCUCAGGUUUACUAAUGGAGAAAAGAAGUUAGAGCUGGAGUUAAUGUAUGUAUUUCUUUUGUUUUUUUUAUCCACAUUUCUUUCCUUUAAUCCAGGGCUGUCCUUGAAACAGUUUAUUUUGGCUGUUGAUUACAUAAGAAUGUAUUUGUAGUGAAUUUAAAGGUGGUGAUUAACUUCUGAUUCUCUUACUGUAACUAGAUUGAUUCUUGUUUUAGGUUACCAACCCCAAAUCUAGAAUAAUGUGACUACAUUUUGUAAUAAGAUCAAGAGUUUGCAUUGGUUCAUUAAUUUCUUAAUGCAAAAUUUAGUAGCUAAUUUUGUGCAUUGCUUUGUCAUUUUUAAUGUGCACUGAAAUAAUGAAAUAAUUUGAGUAUAUUGAAUUGCAGCAUGUGUAUGCAGAUUUGAUUUUAUGUUAUUCAGUGUAAGCAUGUUUUCUAGUAUUUGUGAUGUUUGCAGUUGAACACUGUUGGAACUACCGCAGCAAAGGACAAUUCUGUUUUGAGAGUUGUGUAGUAAUUUGCCAAAUUGUGAAUCUAUGAUUCAUGUUUUAUCGAUUCCAUUUUAUUGAAAAUUGGUCUGUUGUAAGGUAAACAUAAAAUUUCAAGGAGGCAAAGUCCCUCCACCUCUGUUAAAAUGUAUGCAAAAGAAUCUAAUGCUCUAUGUGACCCUUUUAGGGGAUCCUUCAUUCAUUUUUAGUACACAGUUUACCCACUUUAUGGUCAUGGGAACAGAGCCCGUCUAGGAGAACAAGGGGCAUAAGGCAGAAAAUGCACCCGUGAUGGGACAGCAGUCCAUAGCAGGACAUUUAUUUGCCUAGGGGCAGUUUGGAGUAGUGUUUGUCCACAUGCUGUGCCUUUGAGAUGUGGAAGGAAAGCAAAGCUUGCUGAAAAUAAUCCAGCUGAAAACAGGGAAGACAUGCAGAUUCCAGACAGAAGUCACUCCUCCAAGGAAGUGAACUGGAGACCCUAGCACUGUAUAGCAGAAAUACUAUUUCAGUGCUGUUCCACCCUACAACGUAGUCAGUUUUACUAAAAUAUAAAAUCCGUAAACAGUGUUUCACAGAUUAAUUUUUCAUGGCAUUAGAGUGCACUCUGAGUGGAGAAAUGUAGUUUAGUCUGACGACUUAAACUUAUUGGGCAUCAGUCUGGUUUUUUUUUUUAUAUAUAUAUAAACACUGCAUUCUGAUAAUGUGCUGCUCUUUAUAUCAGAAGUUAUAUAUGCUUCAAAUAUUUAUAAUUGCCAUUUGUAUAUGAGUUCAGAAUUUUGUUUAAAGAUGUGUUAUUUAGUAUUUAAUGUUUCCAGUUUAGUUUGUCUCUUUUAUGUACUACGUUGUUUAAUUCAUAUUACUGGCUGAUAAAGGACAAGAAGUAAUAGUAAGGCACUUAAUUUAGAAUUCUGUUUGAAUAAUUUGAUGUUCAGGUAGGUUAACGUCCGGUAUUCUUUUAAGGAACUGCCUUUCAUCAAGAAGCUGGUGCUUCCUGAUAGCUUUUUACAGCAGCUUUUUUCCUUGGUGGUGUGUCUUUUCCUCUCUUUCAUCCCCCAUACAUUGUAGAUGUUCGAAUAGUUGUAAUCCAGAAGAGAGAGUAGUCAUAUGAGUGAAUGCUUUUUAGUGCUUUAAAAAAGGGGGGGCUUAUUUUUCUCUGUGAAGUUCUUGCUACCAGCUUUUAUAUUUGAUUACAGUGCAUCAGGGUAAGAGAGAAGGAACUGUUGUCAGGACAAGUGAAAAGAUAGUGUAGACAACUUAAUGAAGUAGGCGUCAGGUUCACAAUACAUGUAGACAGCUUAUUACAUCAGCCUUUAUUGGUGAAGAAAUGUGGCAAAGCUUUGGUGACUUUAGGACAGUACUGAACGGUGUUUGACUGCUUAGCACUUUCAUUUCUCUUGUGGCUUUAAGAGAAUGUAAGGAAUCAUCCUACUUCUUGAAGUUUCCCUUCAGUAAAUUAUUCCAAGAAGAAAUCACUGAGUCGUGCAAGAAAUCUAUAUCCAACAACUGGGAGGCCCAGAAAAGCAUCACCUAGUGGCCUUUAGUAACAUUCCUAAGAGUUUCUGUUUUUCUUUCUGCAAAUUAAUCCCAUUUAUUGUGACAUUUUCUCAGAUUACCUCAAAACCUAUCUUUGAUUCACCAUGUAUACGCUUACCUACCAUUGGCUUAUGAUGGUGUAGGAAACUUGCCAAAGCUUUCAGUCAGACCAUUGUUCGAUAUAAAGGAAUCCGAGAGAGAAACUUGUUCAGACAAUCUCAAUCCAAUGUGAACCUGGUAUAGGGAGCAACCAGUGUACCCUACCUCUUUCUCAGAUCUCCAGUCUUCUCUUUUGGCCAGAUUAUACCAUCCACACCAUUGCAUCUGUCUUUUGAAGAGCUGUGUAAGAACUUUGGGCCUGUGGACAAAUUUCUAGUGUUUUGAGUAUGGACGGAAUUAUGUCAUCUCUACACUUUUCUUAACUCCUUCCUGGUAGUCUAACAUACAUGCUACAUUUUUUGAUCUUUGUGCAGAAUUUAGCAGCAUUUUUAUGUGAUGUGCAUGGCUGCAUGUCUCGGAGUUUUGUGCUGAAUUACAAAUUAAAGGAGGCAAUUUGUGACCUAAAAGAAAGAGGUUAGAAGAUUACCUCCCCCUCCCAGUUCUGUAAAAUCAAUAUGCUAGUUACCAGUGAGCCGAAAACUGUGAGGGCAACUCUGAAAAACAAUAAGGUAAUGCAGAAGCUACAACAGCAGCAGCUGUAGACACUCAGCCAUUCUUUACUUGGUUUCCCCAUCAGUGUAAUGCUUAAUGGGUAGCCCAGAGGUUGAAAAAAUUAGCUCCUAGAUGCUUUGAGUGAUUUUGUAGUGGAUGAGCAAUUCCGAUUUAGGAGCAGGAACAUACAACUAAAAGUGGUGAAUGACAUACUUUGUCAUAAGUCAACAGACUCACUCAGAUAAUUUCAAAAUUAAAAACCUAAAUGCUGCAUUUUCCAAAAGUCUUUUUGCAGGGAGCUUCUCUCAGUAGCUUACGCCAAACUAAUGUCUCUUAACUAAUACCUACUCUCUUACUGAAGUUCUCCAGUGAAUGUUACUUGCUGCUUUUUUUGUAGUCUAAAAUUUUUUGCUGAAAAGGUUAAUUUUCACCUCAAAUAGAACCCAUGAUAUCUUUCGAAUUUAACUUCCUUUCCUGGAAAAUCUGUUUUCCUGGUGAUGGUCAUUUCAGCCAGAAAGCUAUUAGAGAUUUAGGCUUUGUUUUUAGAAAAACACGUUUUUGUAAUUUCACAAAGGUGGAGUUGCACCUUAAAUGAGUCAAAGUGGUUUCUGAAAUUCACUGUAAAUUAAGUCAGUCUUUUUGUGGCCAACUUCUUGGAAAAGACUAGUUCAUAGAUUGCUAUCAGAAGUGAUGUGGUUGAGCGCAGACCUUUGAAAUGUGCACCGAUGCACAUAUUUGGACUAUCUAGGCUGCCUGUUUCUUCCCUGUGCUGAUGGUGGACAGGGCAAACAGCCAGGAAAAUUGUCAGCUUGAUUACGCCAAUGUGCCGAAAAGUGGUGUUCUUUUGAAGGGGAGGUCCCACCAGGAGUAGUCAAACCUCAGAAUAAACCAUAAGUUAGCUCCUUUGGCUGUAUGCUUCAGUGUUUCUUCCAUUCAUUGUAUAUGCAUUGAUGUGACUUGGUUGAUUGUAACAUCUCUACUAAACCUUUUUUUCUAAAAUGCAUAUACAGUAAACCUAGGGCGAGUCUUCAAAGGGGCAGUGCUGAAUGGAUUGCUUAAUUACAGUUACCAGUCUUUUGCCCCUUCCGAAUUGCUAUGCAAGUAAUUGCUAAAUGCCAGACUAUCAAGGUAGCAACACUUCCGCUGUUCCUUGUGGACAUGUGCAUUCUUCUUUUAGUUUAGGUUUUGUUACAAAGUACUGGGACAGAGAGAAAUAUGCCUUGUUUGGUAGCUAAUUUAUUGCUUCUGUGAGGAAAGACUUAAGCAGGUAAGUGUUGUCCUCCCUGUUAAAGAAAAUGUUUCACUGUCCUCAUUAUACAAGAAAUGACUUUAAGAGAAAAUGACGCACACAAAGGAAAACUGCUGUUAAAAAAAAAAAGUAAUCAGCUGGAAGCACCAUAUUGACAGAUGGAAGUUAGUUCUUAAAUUCUUUGCUAGCUAGAAAAUUCUAGACAUCUGAAGUUACAACAUAUGCCUGUGUAAGAAACAUUUUUUAUGGACAGUCAAGCAUUGAUGUCUUACUGGUUUUCAUAGUAAAUUGUAAACUUUUACUACCAGUUUUCUAUAAUUCUUUUUUAGGCAAGAGAAUGUAGUUGCAGAUAUGAAACGAGUGCUACCUCCUUUCUAUGAUGUAGUGGUUUAUUUUCUUUUUGUUUUGUCAGUUGAAAACUCAACAGUUUUUUGCCUCAAGUAGAUACAGCUGAUGACCUUUAAUGUGUCACUAUAGAUGUUUAAGAAGAGCUGAUGUAUCAGAGAAAAUAAAACCACCUUUAAUUUCA